AUGAAGGCAAAGUCCUCCAGUAGUAGUGGGCAGAUUAGGUCAGUUUUUGCCGUCAGUUUGUCCUUCGCUGGCUUCCUGUCAUUGCUAGUCUUCAUCACACGUCGCCUACCAUCACUACCGGAGGAACACUGGGAGCAUGUGAAAUUCCCUCAAAAUGUGAACGAUCUAAAAAACAUUGGUCUUGUCCUAUCAGAAUACCAAGAUAAUUACUACUGGCAGAUAUUGAUUUUGAUAUCUACAGUCUUUAUAUUUCUACAAUCAUUUAUGAUACCGGGCUCCGUCUUGUGCGUUGUUCUGUUGGGUUAUUUAUUUCCUUUUCAUGUAGCUCUCAUCAUUGUAGCAUUGUGUUCAGCCGUUGGUGCAUCGCUGUGUUACCUUCUUGUUGGAUUUAUUGGUUCUAAAGUUAUAACACACUUAUUUCCUGAGAAAAUUGAGAUAUGUCGCCAAACUAUUCAUAAGUAUCGAAAUGCAAUGUUUCUAUGCAUAUGCUGUUUGAGGAUAUGUCCUUUUAUCCCUAACUGGCUUGUAAAUGUAUCUUCACCAAUUAUUGAUAUUCCACUGGUCCACUUCUUCUUUGGCACAUUUGUGGGAGUGGUUCCCCUAUCCUUGGUGUUCAUUAAAGCUGGAACAGUACUCCAAGAGCUUACAGAUUUGGGUGUAGCUUCCCGGCUUAUCAAUUCUGCCAUUAGUCUUUCGAAAUCAACUGCGUGGAGCUCUUUUAUAGGUGGGGAGAACAUUUUUGGCAUUUCCGAUAGAAAAGUAGAUGCUUGA